GAGUAUCCGGUUGUUCCCAGAAGCACAGUGAGACAAAAAGUGUCCUCGAAUCACAGCCCCUUCAGUGGCGAGACCAGGGUCCUUUCUGCCUCCUCCAACCUGGGCUCCCAGUACCAGUGUGAGAACGGGGUGUCGAGCACCUCCCAAGACCUGCUCCCGCCUGCCAACCCCUACCCGAUCUCCCAGGAACACAGCCAGAUCUACCACUGCACCAAGAGAAAAGAUGAGGAAUGUUCCACCACUGAGCAUCCCUACAAGAAGCCCUACAUGGAAACUUCUCCGGCAGAAGACGAUCCUUUUUACAGGUCCAGUUACCCCCAGCAGCAGGGACUGAACACUUCAUACAGGACUGAAUCAGCCCAGCGCCAAGCAUGUAUGUAUGCCAGCUCCGCUCCCCCCACGGACCCCGUGCCCAGCCUGGAAGACAUCAGCUGUAACACGUGGCCGAGCGUGCCAUCCUACAGCAGUUGCACAGUGUCUGCCAUGCAGCCGAUGGACAGGUUACCCUACCAGCAUUUCUCUGCCCACUUCACCUCGGGGCCGCUGAUGUCCCGGCUCAGCAGCGUGGCCAACCAUACCUCCCCCCAAAUAGGAGAUACUCAUAGCAUGUUUCAGCACCAAACCUCGGUUUCUCACCAACCCAUCGUCCGGCAGUGUGGACCUCAAACCGGCAUCCAGUCCCCCCCCAGCAGCUUACAGCCCGCAGAGUUCCUGUAUUCCCACGGCGUGCCUCGAACCCUUUCGCCCCACCAGUACCACUCGGUCCACGGCGUGGGCAUGGUGCCAGAGUGGAGCGAGAACAGCUAACAAGGCGGUCAGGGAAGUGCGA